AUGUUGAAAAGGGCAAGAAAAUCUUUGUACAGAAAUGCUCUCAGUGCCACACAGUUGAAAAAGGUGGAGUGCACAAGACUGGCCCAAAUCUUUGGAGUUUAUUUGGUCGCAAAACAGGACAAGCUGCAGGAUUCUCUUAUUCAGAGUCAAAUAAGAACAAAGGAUCGUCGCUUUAAUGAUGAAAUUGACAAACUGACUGGAUACAAGACAAAAUCAUUGUUGUGCACGCCCAUUAGAAACAGUGAUGGAGAAAUUAUUGGUGUUGCCCAAGCGAUAAAUAAGACGCCUGGAGGUGCCCCUUUUACAGAUGAUGAUGAAAAAGUGAUGCAGAUGUAUCUCCCAUUCUGUGGAAUUGCCAUAUCUAAUGCCCAGCUAUUUGCUGCUUCAAGAAAGGAAUAUGACAGAAGCAGAGCUUUGCUGGAGGUGGUUAAUGAUCUCUUUGAGGAACAGACAGACUUAGAGAAAAUUGUCAAGAAAAUCAUGCACCGGGCCCAGACUCUGUUGAAGUGUGAACGCUGCUCAGUGUUACUUCUGGAGGACAUUGAAUCACCAGUGGUGAAAUUUACAAAAUCAUUUGAGCUGAUGUCUCCAAAAUGCAGUGCUGAUACUGAGAACAGUUUCAAAGACAGUAUGGAGAAAUCAUCAUCUUAUUCUGACUGGCUAAUAAAUAAUAGCAUUGCUGAGCUAGUAGCUUCUACGGGUCUUCCAGUGAACAUCAGUGAUGCAUAUCAGGAUCCUCGCUUUGAUGCUGAAGCUGACCAGAUUUCUGGCUUUCACAUAAGGUCUGUUCUUUGUGUUCCUAUAUGGAACAGCAAUCACCAGAUAAUUGGCGUAGCUCAAGUGCUGAAUAGGCUUGAUGGGAAGCCUUUUGAUGAUGCUGAUCAGAGACUAUUUGAGGCUUUUGUUAUUUUUUGUGGCCUGGGUAUCAACAACACAAUAAUGUAUGACCAGGUGAAAAAAUCAUGGGCAAAACAAUCUGUGGCUCUUGAUGUACUGUCUUACCAUGCAACGUGUUCAAAGGCAGAAGUUGACAAAUUUAAGGCAGCAAACAUCCCACUGGCAUCAGAACUUGGCAUCGAUGACAUCCACUUCGAUGACUUUUCACUUGAUGUGGAUGCCAUGAUUACUGCAGCCCUCCGGAUGUUCAUGGAGCUUGGAAUGGUUCAGAAAUUUAAAAUUGACUAUGAGACAUUGUGUAGGUGGCUUUUGACAGUUAGGAAGAAUUAUCGAAUGGUUCUGUAUCACAACUGGAGGCAUGCUUUCAACGUGUGCCAGCUGAUGUUUGCAAUGUUAACUACAGCAGGAUUUCAGGAGAUUCUGACUGAAAUUGAAAUUUUAGCUUUGAUUGUGGGAUGUUUAUGUCAUGACCUUGACCACAGGGGAACCAACAAUGCCUUCCAAGCCAAGAGUGGAUCAGCUUUGGCUCAGCUUUAUGGAACGUCUGCUACCUUGGAACACCAUCAUUUUAAUCAUGCUGUCAUGAUUCUUCAAAGUGAGGGUCACAACAUCUUUGCUAACUUGUCCUCCAAGGACUAUAGUGACCUUAUGCAGCUUCUGAAGCAGUCAAUACUGGCAACAGACCUCACUCUGUAUUUUGAGAGAAGGACUGCAUUUUUUGAACUUGUCAGUAAAGGUGACUAUGAUUGGAAUGUCAAAAGCUACCGUGAAAUAUUUCAAUCAAUGCUAAUGACAGCCUGUGACCUUGGAGCUGUGACCAAACCGUGGGAGAUUUCAAGACAGGCAGCUGAACUGGUAACCAGUGAGUUCUUCGAGCAAGGAGACAGAGAGAGAUCUGAACUCAAACUAACCCCUUCAGCUAUUUUUGAUCGGAACAGAAAAGAUGAACUGCCCAGGCUGCAGCUGGAAUGGAUUGAUAGCAUCUGCAUGCCCUUAUACAAGUCUCUAGUAAAGCUGAACAUGAAGCUGAAGCCCAUGCUGGACUCGGUGGCAACAAACAGAAGUAAAUGGGAGGAGCUGCACCAAAAAAGACUUCUCACUCAAGCAGCAGCAGCCUCCUCCUCCUCUUCCAGCUUUACUGUGUCUCUAGAAGACAUAAAUUAAGCCUGCAAAUGCCAGCUGUUGUGGUGCUGAGAGCUGUCCGAAAGGCUUUAUUUAGCUUAGUUCCAUCAAUUGGGAAAAAACUCACAACUUUCACAGACUUACUUAAUUCACUGGAUGUUAUCUUGAUGACAGUGGUUGCUUUUGCCUAGACAUUCAGUGGGCCCGGAAAGAAGGCCUAUGUUGAUCAGGGUUAUGUUGAUAUCUAGCACAAGAAGCACUCAUUCAGCUCCACUACCUUUCAGCUGCUGCUGUAAAAAUCACACAAAGCUGACUAUGGACUGAGAUACAAGAACUUACAGCUUCAUAAAAUUAAUAAUACAGAGCAGAAAUGGAAUGCACAUUGGUCAGUUCAUAUGCAAGGAGCUGGAGGAGAAGAGAAUAGUGUGUAAUUACUUAGUUGUUUUGCAUCUCUCUGGUGUUCAUUAUGAACCAAUAAUGCCUGCAAUUGUGAUGUUUCUCUCUUACUCUUUCCUCCUCUUUUAUGCUCGAAUGUUCUGAAAAGCCUGCUUUAUAUUCUACAGAAGUAUUUUUUUACAACAAAGUUCCUUGUUGAUUGAUUAGGACCUUUAGAAUUGCCUCUCUUUGCUACCUUUAAAAACAAACUUUAUUAUCUUGAAAAAUAUCAACUGUCCCAGCUCUCCUAAGAAAUUAAGAAUAACAAUUCUGUAAAUUACCCAGGAAGUGGGAAUUUGUGCAAAGGCAAAACUACUGCAUGAUAAGUUUUUAGAAACACUCCUUUAAAAUAUUCAGUUUACUCUGCAGUGUUCCCUAAGUAAAGUACUAAUGGACGUUAAC